AUGUCUUUGAAUUUUCUUCCAGGACGUCCUAAUGAUACUUUACAGUCAGUUUGUCAAACCUUAUGGCAGAAUCGAAUAAUAUUUGCUUAUUGUUCAGGUAACAAUUUAAUUAUACUUUCUAACGAGUUUAGUAGACUUCAGACAGUUUAUAUUGACCGUGAUUGCACUGCUGUUGACAUCAACGGAACCAAUGGGUUUAUUGCUGUGGCUUUUGGAGACCAAGUUCAUAUAUAUAAGCCUAUUCAUCAGAUAAUGAAGAAUCCUAAAUGGGUGCUCUGUUGCAAGAUACAUCACGAUGAAUCGAAAGUGAAUAGUUUAAAAUGGGGUUCUGGUAAUGAUAUUAUCCUUGGUUCAAAUUAUUUAUCCUUUUGGAAUAUUCAUGAUGAAUAUGGCGAGUACAAGCCAAUUUUACUUUGGAAUAAGAGGCAGCCCAAACCGGUUUACUUGUGUAGUAUUUCACAAGAUUCUCAAUUUGUAUCGAGUAUGGGUAAAUUUGAUACUUCUGUUAAGCUAUGGAAAAGAAAUACCAUCAGCGGUGAUCAAGUGAUAUUCCAUUUAUCUUUGUUACCUCAUCCCGAAUAUAUCACAACCAUGAGGUGGAAAAAACUAUUUGUGAAUUCUGAUUCAGAGCAUCCGAAUUCCAAUUCAAUGACACAGACAUUAUAUACAUUGUCUACAGAUGGUAAGUUACGUAUUUGGUCCUGUCACGAUAUGGAGGUAGCAAGCAUUGUUCAACAUUGGGGGACGGUUACUAUGAGUCCAGAUCAAAGAUUUUGCACAGUGGUAGAUAGUUCAAUUCUAAAUUCAUGUUUCCCAGAAGGUUCUAUAUAUCCAAACGGAUCAGACGAAGCUCCUGAUUUGGUGAUAUUUGCAACUCCUAGCGGAGAAUGCGAAACCCAUGCUUUAGAGAACUUAUCACAGAUUCCACCAAAACCAAUGACCCAAAAGAAAUUGUUUACAAAGAUCUUGAAUAGAUCUUCUUUUUACAACGAUCCUGAAUUUCUCUAUUUCCCAGAUUUACAAAUAUAUGAUAAGGACAAAAUGAAUUUAUCAUUUAUAGUACAUGACUUGAAAGGUUUUGUAAAACAUUCGACUUUAGACAUUAGCCAAUUGAUAGACAAAGAUAUACAACCUACCGCUGUAGUGGAACAGAUUUUCACUGGUCAUAAUAAGUCAAUUCAAAAAUUGUUCAGAAGUAGUGACGGUGAGGCAAUUCUUACCAUUUCGAGGUUUUCAGAAAACUGUGUUUGGUGUCCUGAAAGACUGUCGAAGGGUGUAACAUUAUGGAUGAAAAAUAUAAUCACAACUGAAUCACCAGUGAAACAAGCUGUUGUCCACGAAAAAGGUAAACUUGUCAUAACCUUAUUAGAGAAUUCAAAAAUACAAGCAUGGUGGUGUCCGAAUAAAUGUAAAGAACUCGAAACUGAAAGUGCAUAUAUGAUGUGUGAAUAUAUUUUGAAGUCACCAGAAAAUCUAGGAGAUCCUGUGUUAAUGUUAAAUACACCAGAACCUAUCCAUAGUCAUAAGAGACAUUUUAUUGCAUUGAUGUACAGUGAUGGUACUGUCAAAGCAUUUGAAGUAUCUGAAGAAGGAGGUAUUGUAGAAGUCAAAUCCAAUUCUCUUGAUAUAAAAAACAGUGAUAUUCACCGUAUAUCUACAAUUGAUCCUGUACAUUCUGGAUUUUUUAGUAAUAGACCCUUGAUAUCAUUAAUAUCAAAGAAAGGUGUGGUAAAGACUUACAAAGCAAUUGUAGAUUCGAAAUCAAAGUCGAUUUCGUGGAUUCUCGAUCACAAUAUUUCUUCAGGUAUUGAAAACGCUUCGAAUAUUAGAGGUUCAUCUACAGGCAAAUUAUGCAUCGUCGAUUCUGCUGGCAAGCAAUUAACAUUCUGGGAUCUAAAUAGGGGAGUUUUAGAAUACGAAGAAAAGGUUGAUGAAGAAAUCAAAGACAUAGAUUGGACUAGUACCCAAUUUGGUCAAAGUAUUGUAUCAAUCGGUUUUACCGGAUAUGCACUGCUAUACACCCAAUUAAGGUAUGACUAUACUAAUAAUACCCCAAGUUAUUUACCGAUAGAAAAGAUUGAUAUCACAGAGCAUACUGCCCAUGACAUCGGUGAUUCCGUAUGGAUGAAAGAUGGUACUUUUGUAGUGGCAUCAGGAAAUCAAUUUUACAUAAAAGACAAGACAUUGGACAUGGGUGAUCCGUUUGUUCACCACUCGAUUGGUUCAAGAAAGAUUUUAUCGAAUGAUAUAUUGCAUUUGAAUAGUGUUUUAAAUGGUCCUCUACCAGUUUAUCAUCCUCAAUUCAUAAUUCAGUCCUUAUAUUGUAAUAAAUUACAAUUGGUAAAGGAGAUUUUAUUAAGAUUAUUCCUUGAGAUCAGAAAUAUCAACUUUAAGUCUGAUGACAUUAGAAAUUUACCUUCAGAUUUGAAAGUUAAUUGGAAUAAAUUUUUAUUGCGCCAUACAGGAGCCAUGGAGGAAAAUAAAUUCGCGGAUCCUUACCCUGAAUUCAAUAGUAAUGUUGCAUCGUUAUUAAAUGAAUCAUUGACUAAAACAACUCUGCCGUAUUUAACCCGUCAUCAACAGAUGACAUUAAUGACAGUGGUAGAAGCUGUUGAAGAAAUGAGUAAAAAUGAAUCAUUCUUAGAUUAUAAUGGCCUAUUAUUCCUGUUAGGAGUGAAAUUGUUUCAUUCGCAUAAAGCUACUCAAAGUUCAUUAGUUAUGAGAGAUGUAUCCUGGGCAUUACACUCAGACAAUAAAGAAAUAUUAAUUUCUACUUUAGGCAGUCACGUAAAUUCCUGGAAAAAGGUACGAGAGUACAAGUUAACAUAUUGGGCAAAAGAAGAUGAUCUAAUAAAAACAUUUGAGAGUGUAGCUAAAUUUGAAUUUUCAUCUGGAGAUACUCGUGACCCUACAAAAUGUGCCAUCUUUUAUUUAGCUUUAAAGAAGAAACAAAUAUUGAUGAGUCUUUGGAGAAUGAGUCCUGGCCAUCCAGAGCAACAAAAAAUGCUGAAAUUUUUGGGUAAUAAUUUUGACGAACCAAGGUGGAAAACAGCUGCAUUGAAGAAUGCUUAUGCAUUAUUGAGUAAGCAUCGUUACAUGGAUGCAGCAUGUUUCUUCCUGCUAGCAGAUUCUUUAAAAGAUUGUAUCAAUGUUCUAUUUAAGCAAUUAGAUGAUAACGACCUAGCAAUUGGUGUUUGCAGAGUAUAUGAAGGUGACAACGGUCCAAUUCUGGGCGAAUUUUUGACAAGGCAAUUUUUGCCAGAGGCUAUCAAGGAAGAUGAUCGAUGGAUGACUAGUUUUAUAUAUUGGAAAUUAAGAAAACAAGGUGUUGCAAUCCGUGCAUUGGUAACUGCACCUAUAGAUUUGGAAGAAAAUUUUGACGUUGUAAAAAAAGAAGAUUGUGUAAACAGGUCCUUCCUGGUAGAAGACCCUGCUUUACUAGUAAUGUACUAUCAUUUGCGUAAAAGGAAUAUCCAGUACUUAUUAGGUGCAUUAGAGCUUGAGUCUAAGAUAGAAUUUGAAUUGAUUCUUAGAGUAUGUGAAAUUUACCGUAGAAUGGGUUGUAAUUAUCUGGCAUUAUCACUAGUUAAAAACUGGAAAUUCAUUGAUACCACUAAAAAACCUGAAAAGAUUGUUAGGUCUCCAGAAAAAUCAAAAGCAUAUUCUGGCAUUGAUACCAUGAUUACAGAACCUGUUACUACAAGUAGAGUAAGACCGACAUUAUUUGAUAUAUUUGAUGCAAAAAGUAAAGGAACAGAAACAACGAUAACUCAAGAGACUGAAACUGAACCAAAAAAUAUUUUCGAAGGUUAUUUACCGUCUUCUAGCAAUUCUCAGAAUAAUCUAUUAGAUGAAUUUGCAUCUCCAACGUUAAGUGCUUCAAAAUCUAGUAGUACUAUAAACGAUAGUAAACCUAGAAGCUUAUUAGAUGAAUUUUCUCAAGAUGAGGUUCCAAAUAAGCCUAAAAGCUUAUUGGAUGAUUUUACUAUUCCUAAGCCUAAAAACUUAUUAGAUGACUUUACUGCUCCGAAGCCUAAGGUAAAUAAUUUGCUGGAUGAUUUUAUGACAGAUUCUCAAAGUUUUCCUAUUCAAACAAAUGCAACUGAGAAUUCUAACAAAUUCUCAGGUAAUCAAGAUACAACAAACUCAGAUAAUGAGCAAAAUCAACCCGAAUCAUCUAAAAUCAGGUCCAAUGAUAACAAUCCAUCGGUGAUCACAAAGCAGCCACCAAAACCAAGAAAUCUUCUUGAUGAUUUUAUGUGA